CAUAGAGGAGACUCAACUUCCUUGAAUGUCGCUCGGUGCCGAGAAGACGUUGUUGCAGAUGCGCCUCACAUCAGGCCACCUUGAAUGUGAACCAUGAGCCGAGGGUCCAAAAGCAAGACUGAGAAGGUGAGGAGCUCCCUGCUGAGCCUGCAGGAAAGUGAAGCCCUGGAGGGUCUGCUGGGCAGAAGGUGUGCUACAAUGGCGACUGCAGUGGCCCAGUUGUUCAUGGCACUGCCUCACAAUCCGUCUGCAUGGAGUUUGCAGCACACAGGAGUUGUGUGCUUCAUUAAGGACAACCCCCUGCGCUCCUACUUCAUUCGCAUGUACGACCUGAAGGCUGGCAGGCAGGUGUGGGAGCAGGAACUCUACAACCAAAUUGUGUACUCGUCUCCGCAGUCGUACUUUCACACCUUUGCCGCAGAUGACUGUCAAGUUGGACUGAAUUUCACGCUGCAGCAGGAAGCAGAAGCCUUUAGAAAUGCUGUGGUGGAGAAAAUCCACCAAAGAAACAACCGGCAAGCAGCACCCAGUGGUCCUCGUUCCUCUCACAAGGCCACUGUGGACGUCCAAAGUCCUGACAUCCAGUCUCCACGUUCCCUCCUACUUCAAUCAGUUUCCUCACAUCGGAGCAGCAAAGCGAAGAAGGAUAAGAAAAACAAGAACAAGGUUCCUAAGUUGUCCAAAGCAGACAUUGGCGCUCCCAGUGGAUUUAAGCAUGUUAGUCACGUUGGGUUUGACCUCAACAAUGUUGACCCCGACCUGUGGAAACUUCUCUCGCAAGCCGGCAUCGGGGAAGCUGAGAUGAGGGACGAGCAGACUUCCCAGCUGGUCUACAACAUCAUAGAGCGCUCAGGCGGCAUGGAGGCGGUAAAAAGGGAGGCGAAAAAAGGAGCUGCUGGGCCUCCUCCCCCUCCACAUGGCAGACAGCCUCCGGUGCCGGGCUCAGGUGGCUCCGCCCCGAUGCCUCCACCUCCACGAGGACGUCCCGGGUCCCUCCCACCUCUUCCUGGCCAAUCGCAGCGAGCACCACGGGCAGCUGUCCCCCCGCCGCCCCCGUCGAACCGAGGCUGCCCCCCACCGCUUCCUCCAGUUCACUCCUCACCCUCUCACGUCCCUUCGCUGCCGUCCUCAAAGCCUUCCGCUGUCCCGCCUCCACCACCCCAUCAGCGUCCUGCAGGUUUCCCACCUCCGGCCGCCCCCGCGACACCGAGCAGAGGAGGCCCUGCACCUGCUCCCCCGCCUCCCCCACCCCCACCCCCACCCGCCCAGCUCUGUGUGGACUCCCACACACCCCUUCCCCCCUUUGGCGCCCCUCCACCACCUGCCGCUCCAUCCAGUGGUAAAGCAGACAGCAGAGGUGCCCUGCUAGACCAGAUUCGAGGAGGGAAGAAGCUCCGAAAUGUGACAGAAUGCCAAGAUGUAGCUCCGCCCACACCAGCAGAGUCAGGCGAGGGCAUCGUUGGCGCACUCAUGAUGGUCAUGCAGAAGCGCAGUAAAGUCAUCCAUUCCUCUGAUGAAAGUGAGGAUGAGGGCGGUGAUGAUGAAGAAGAUGAUGACGAAUGGGAUGACUGACAUUAAAAUAGUUUGUGUGGAUGUUCAACCUUGUUACCGGCAAACUGCCUACAUUUGGAUACAUCUGUGUUUAAAGCUAAUGUAGUGUAUAUUUCUUCAAACAUGUACGUUAAAAGUAAAACCCAGUAGAAGUGUUUUUUGGUUUUUUUUAAAGGUUCCACCAAGACCUCUGUGUAAUAAACACCAACUGAGUCAA